GUCCAGCAAGACUAUGAAUCUCUGUUCCAAAUGCUUUGCUGAUUUUCAAAAGAAACAACCAGAUGAUGAUUCCGCUCUAAGUACAAGUAACAGCCAAUCAGAUUUGUUUUCUGAAGAGACCACCAGUGACAACAACAAUACCUCGAUAACCACGCCAACUCUUAGUCCCAGCCAGCAGCCGCUUCCGACAGACCUGAAUGUAACUUCACCAAGUGAAGAAGAAUGUGGGCCAUGCAGAGACACAGCUCAUGUCUCAUUAAUCACACCAACCAAAAGAUCCUGUGGUACAGAUUCACAGUCUGAGAAUGAGGCAUCGCCAGUGAAACGGCCACGACUACUGGAGAACACUGAGCGGACCGAGGAAACCAGCCGAUCUAAACAGAAGAGUCGACGUCGGUGCUUCCAGUGCCAAACCAAACUGGAGCUGGUGCAGCAGGAAUUGGGAUCGUGUCGCUGCGGUUACGUGUUCUGUAUGUUACACCGCCUCCCCGAGCAGCACGACUGUACAUUCGACCACAUGGGCCGCGGCCGAGAGGAAGCCAUCAUGAAAAUGGUGAAACUGGACCGGAAAGUGGGGCGCUCCUGCCAGCGCAUCGGGGAGGGGUGCUCCUGAAGGCCAGGCGUGGCCGCCACAUGACGCUGUUCUUAGUUCACUAAUGUUAGCCUUAUUUAGGACAAAGUCAGCCAGACACCUUGUACUGGGCACGCGUCAGACCACAGCCAGUCAGCCGUCUCCUUUCUUUAGCCGGCCACCCUGGUACUGUAGUUUAGGGUUGAUGGUGGUUGAAAUUGAUUUCUGGCUGGUUACUAAGGUGCCUGCUAGCCAUUGUAUAAAAUUAAAACAUGAAGAAUAUUUUUUUUUGAGCAUGGCUAGUGGAUUUAAAACAACACAUACCUGUCACUGCUGGAGUCAAACUUAUAAAAAGCCUUAAAGCGGAAAGCGUCCCAGACGGAGACUGAGUUGAUAGAGGAGUAGAAGCUGGUGUUAAAGUUCCCACGACGCACAUGGCUUUGCCAGAAACUCUGUUUAACGUUCGGCCUUUCACCUCUUCACUGAUCCUUAGUCCCAGUAGCCAGGAUACCUGAUGGCCACACGUGCCUUGGCCACAGGAGGCUGCUGAGAUCAGCCACGUGGCUGGGCUGGGUGGUGGCCUCAUUCUCCCACAGAGCUGGAAAUAGGGGCUGGGGGCAGAUUCUUACGGAAAUUUUUUUACCUGACUUGUUAUGAAAAAACUCAUCACACAAGAAGAGAAACAAUAACCUCACUUUUUAAAUUAGCGCCACUCAAGGCUAGUCCAUGAACAGGACCCACCUUUUCCACACAGGAUCCGUGGUCAUGGGAAGAGACCAGAGCACAGCUGACCCACUGGCUCUGGUUUGCCUUUUGCCAAGUGCAGGGAUCUGACGGGAUCAAAUCAGGCUAAUGGCAGCACAGCUGCGGUGGCUGGGUCUACACACUGGCCUCUGCAGCUAGAUUUCCACAUUGGGGGGUUUUUAAGACGACGUUUCAUUAGGCCACACGCAUCAGUAGGUGUGCUGGGGAACCACUGGGGAAGCUGCUGCCCUUUCCAGCUGGAGCCUGCUCGCCCUCUAGGGGCCAAGAGGAUGGUGCCGCGGCCUCCGCUCGCGUUUCUAUGCAGCCCCAUAGCCCAAGGACGGCCAGUCCACAUCACCACCUCGCACGCUUAGCAAGGGGAGCCAGCAUCUCCACAGGGACAGUGCUUGGAGUCGUCUAGAACAAGGGCUUGUGGCCGUGGCCCAGCUCCCAGAGCAGCAUCUGCUCUGAAGGUGGGGUGGGGCACGUUGCUCAGCCGGCACCUCUUCGUGGGCAGAGUUGUUCUGGAGCUGCAGGCCAGGCGGGAAGGAGUGGAGGUGGGCACUCGGUUUGGAAGUGCCAGGCAGGUGGGCUUGGGUAGACAGGACUUAGGGUUCUCCUGAGAGCCUGAGCAGGGAUGAGCAUUCCCGGCGCCCCCAUCUGAUCCAGGUGGGUGAGGCUAGAAGGCUCCUGCAGAGGCGGUGUGGGCCUGCCCACACAGAGGCUACUGGACUCAUUUAACCCAGCAACUUUCCUUGACACAACAAACAGCUCGACUCUGUCUGCAAGUUAACAGCUCAACACCUGCAACGACAAAUGUUUUUGAUCUGAAAUAUUGAAAUAGGAAAUCAUGCUUUCCCAACCUCCUCCUCCCACCCCACCCUCCACCCCCACCAGAAUGGAAUCCGCUGCAAAAUCUCCAGCCUUAAUUCUCGCUUCAGGACCAGACCAGUGUCUUGCUCCAGGGCAGAGGGGCCAGGUCUGCCCAGCGUUUACCGCUGUUGUCAAGCGCAGCCCUUUGGCCACUAUCUGACGUCUCAGCGAGCGGCCCACCAGCCCCCCGCCAAGCUCUGAUCCUGAAGAGGCCACACCCUUCCUGACCUCCUGGGCCCCCGCCAGCUGCUGCGCAGAGGCCGCAGUGGGAAGAACCCACCCAAUGGGAGCCACCGCACACGGGGCGGCAGCCCGUGUCCACUUCCUGACGUCGAGCGGGGGUGGGGGGAGGAAGGGCUUGUUCCCCUGCAGUAUCUGUUCUGUGAAGUUUGUUAAAUGUAAGGAAAGCUUAAAUUCUUGUAUCUUUAAAAGAGAAAAUCUUAUUUAACCCCUUUGUGUUCUAGAUUUACUUACACACAUAGCCUAGAGCUCAGUUUUAGUUUUAACAUUGUGAAAAUAUUAAAAGAAUCUUGUAACUUUAUUCUUUUUUCUCCUGCUGA